GAGAGAGCCGGGGACCAUUACUGUGACCAGCGAUAUUCGCAGCAUCGUACUUCAUAUGCCGGAGAUUGAUCAGUCGUCUUUGCAGGGGUUUCAAGAGGGUCAUAUGCCGAUGAUUGGGGUUUCGAAUUUGGAACGAUUCUCACAAGAUGAAACAUCGACGGCUUUGGCUAUGGAUUUGAUGGACCUUAGUGCUCCGCCUCUUCCAUCGUUACAUGCUUCUGUGGCUAUCAAAUCAGCAACUUUUCUUCUUCUGGUUAGCGAGGCUGAGGUUGAAGUUCUGCAUGAAUUGUUCAUCAAACUCACUUCCUGUCUCAGCAACGACAAUCUUUUGACCAAAGAAAAUUUUCAAUUCAUCUUAAUCAAGAAUAACAAUAGGCGCAGUCUUUCUGCUGACCGGAUUUUCGGAUUAUUCGAUAUGAGAAACGAUGGGGCUAUAGAUUUUGGAGAGUUUGUACACACUCUCAACAUUUUUCACCCAAACUCAUCCCAAAGAGAUAAGGCCAUAUUUGCAUUUAGAUUAUAUGAUACUCGUCAGACUGGAUUUAUUGAACCGGAGGAGGUGAAAGAGAUGAUAAUAGACGUUCUAGAGGAAUCAGAACUUAUGCUAUCCGAGAGUAUCAUCGAUUCUAUCGUGUCUAAGGUAUGUAACGCUUAAUUUUUUGGUGACCAAUUAACAUUUUUAGUUAUA